AAAAUCCAAGCUUGGUUUGUUUUUUAUCAUGUCAUAAUUAGACCGGCUAGGUCUUUAUUGUUCAUAAUCGUGAGUCAGAGUCAAAAAAUCCCUAACACAGUAAGCUUAGGACUUUUCCUUCAUAAUUUACAACAUAACACACAGUCAGUGAAGUAUUCAGAGCUACCGGAUAUAGACGAGAAAAUGAUAUCUUUUCCAUUGCAUCGCCGAGUUUUCUAUUCUUACAAGAUUUCUUCGGGAAUAAUUGGAUCCCAAAGGGGGUUAUCGGAAUCUAAGAAGUUUCAACAUGCUGUACAUUCGUCUGAUAAAAUUGAAAAUAGAAACUUGUCAAGCAUUUCCGGGACCUCUAUCGUAAUAGAUGGAAAGAUCCAAAUACCUUAUUAUACUAAGAGCGCAAUCCCGCUCAAAAAGUGGCCAAAUAAAAUCUUCCAUGUUAUGGACCAAGAAUCCAAUUUAAUUGAUGAUGAUUUACUGUCUAGCGAACAGCGAAGCAUUAACAGGGAUCUUAACAAAUCUAUUAAGGGAGAGGGCUCAAAGUUUCCCAGCAAGAAACCUAAGCCAACAACGAAGUUUCCCAUCAAUGAAAAUGCCGAAAAAGAACUAGAACCAGCUGAAAGAGAAAAACUAGAAGCCAAGUUAUUAAAAAGGCUAAGAGAUAUUGCAUCAGGAAAGAAAUCAAAGCUCGAGGAAAAAGUUGAGGCGUUAAGGGGUGAAGCGGUCGAAGAGGAAUCCGAAAAAUGUGUGGAAAACACACCUGAGGAAGAAGCAGACGCUCCAAAAGACGACAAACCACCAAUGAGUCUGCAGGCCAAGGAGCCACCUUCUACUCCACCACCCAAAAGUGAUUCAGCUCCGCCGAAAGGAGGUGCUCCACCACCGAAAGGAGGGGCUCCACCACCGAAAGGAGGCUCUCCACCCACGGCUCCUCCAAAAGGUCCACCGCCUGGAACUCCACCUCCGCAAACAAAAACCACUUUUGGACCUCUAGCCGAUGCAGAUCGUAUCUUCACCAACUUGUACGGCCGCCACGACUGGCGUUUAAAGGCAGCCAUGAAGCGAGGGGAUUGGUACAAGACCAAGGAGAUUUUGGACAAGGGUGACAAGUGGAUAGUGAACGAGAUUAAGACGUCCGGAUUGCGGGGACGCGGUGGCGCCGGUUUCCCCAGUGGACUCAAGUGGUCGUUCAUGCACAAGCCGCCCGAUGGAAGGCCCAAGUUUCUGCUGGUCAACGCGGAUGAGGGCGAACCGGGCACGUGCAAGGAUCGUGAGAUAAUGCGCCACGAUCCGCACAAGCUGGUCGAGGGGUGUCUCAUUGCUGGACGGGCAAUGGGUGCCAACACCGGGUUCAUUUACAUUCGCGGAGAGUUCUACAACGAGGCGUGCAACCUUCAGUACGCCAUAUUAGAAGCCUACAAAGCUGGUUACCUGGGAAAGAAUGCCUGUGGCUCGGGCUUCGACUUCGAUCUCUAUGUGCAGCGCGGAGCAGGAGCCUAUGUUUGUGGCGAGGAGACCUCCCUGAUUGAGUCCCUGGAGGGCAAGGCGGGCAAGCCGAGGAACAAGCCUCCUUUCCCGGCGGACAUCGGAGUCUUUGGCUGCCCCUCGACGGUGACCAAUGUGGAGACGGUGGCCGUUUCUCCAACGAUCUGCCGGAGGGGCGGCAAUUGGUUUGCCAGCUUCGGACGCACUCGCAACUCGGGCACCAAGCUGUUCAACAUCUCGGGACACGUUUGCAAUCCCUGCACCGUCGAGGAGGAGAUGUCCAUUCCCACCAGGGAGCUCAUAGAACGCCAUGCCGGCGGAGUGAUCGGCGGGUGGGACAAUCUGCUGGCCGUCAUUCCCGGUGGCUCCUCAACGCCGUGUAUUACAAAGAAGGAUGCCGAGUGCUCCAUCCACGACUUUGAUGGACUAAUGGAGGUGCGUUCGUCCCUGGGCACCGGCGCCCUGAUUGUGAUGAACAAGGACACGGAUAUCAUCAAGGCCAUUGCCCGUCUGUCGUCCUUCUACAAGCACGAGAGCUGCGGUCAGUGUACUCCGUGCCGUGAAGGACUGCACUGGGUGAACAUGAUCAUGCAGAGAUUCGUAAAGGGACAGGCGCAGAUCGGCGAGAUUGACAUGCUGUGGGAGCUCACCAAGCAGAUCGAGGGCCAUACCAUUUGCGCCCUGGGCGAUGGCGCCGCCUGGCCGCCCCAAGGACUCAUCCGGCACUUCCGGCCGCUGAUCGAGGAGCGGAUCAGGAAGCGGGAGGCCGACGAACAGGCCAUUGCCGAGGCCGCCGCCGCCGAGCGGUUCCCUUGCCAGACGGUGGCUCCUUGCCCAGAAUAAAGCGUGCCAAUUGCAGCGACUGCUCCACUA